AACGCGGUCCCCAUAGCAUCGUGCCAAUAAUGAGGAAGUUUAAGUAGCAGACGUUACACGGGAUCACGGUUCCACGGAAAGGUUUCGAUCGUGCCGUGGAGCGUAAUAAAUCUGUCGCUGUCUGAUCUAUAAAAGACCCGAUAACUCACCAGCGGUACGUUUAGUGUGACAGUGCCAGUGACAUCUGCCAGUGAUCUACGAUACGAGGAAACGUGUUAAAAUGAGUGAUUUCAUUACAUUAUCCUUGCUGCUGGUUGUGCUGCUGGCGAGUUGGAUAGGUUGGCGGCUGAAACACAGGAAGCAUUAUCGAACAUCCAGUGAUCUGGAGGGUCCCCGGGACUAUCCGCUGAUCGGUAGUGCCCAUCUGUUCUUUGGCAAAAGUACGGAGGAACAGUUCCGGUGCAUCAUCGAGAUCAGCCAAUCGUACCGGUCACCGUGCCGUGUCUGGCUCGGUCCGAAGCUGUUUGUGUUCAUCGACAACGCGGACGAUCUGCAGACGGUACUGACCUCAGCCAGUUGCCUAGAGAAGGCGGACGUGUAUCGGUUCUUCAAGUGUGAGGCUGGCCUUUUCUCCGCCCCGGUGUCCGUAUGGCGAACGCAUCGCAAGUAUCUAAGUCCAUGCUUCAACACCAAGAUACUGGCCAGUUUUGUGUCGGUUUUCAAUGAAAAAAGUGUCGUGCUGUUGGACCAGCUGAGGUCACAUGUGGAUCAGCGCACAUUGUUCAACGUGUACGAGUACAUCGCCAAGUGUACGUUAGACAUGAUUUGUGCGACGACCCUCGGUACUGAUAUGAACCUCCAGAACGAGGAAGGUGACGAGUACAUCGCAGCAAUUGAGAAGUGUUCGGAGUUGCUUAACCAUCGGUUGUACAAAGUGUGGCUACACCCGGAACCUAUCUAUCGGCUGACGGACGCUUUCAAAGUGCAGCAGCAGUGCUACGAUACGGCGUACAAGAUGUCUCGUAAGGUGCUCGCUUUGCGCAACAACGAACUGCGCGAAGUUACCCAAGGAAGCCGCGUACGGCCGUCGAAAGACGAGCAGUUUCAGCCCGACGAUGAUCAAUCCCGGAAGCCACAGAUCUACAUCGAUCAGUUGUUUCGGAUUGCUGGUGAAACGAAGAAUGUGUUUGAUGAGCAGGCGAUCAAGGAUGAAAUCGAUACGAUCAUUUUAGGAGGUCAAGAGACCUCAGCCCUUACGCUCUCGCACGUUGUAUUGAUGCUGGCCAUUCACCAGGAGGUACAGCAAAAGGUGUACGAAGAGAUGCUGAGCGUCAUUCCAGGAAACCAGGACGUACUUAACGAACAUCUGCCCCAGCUGGUGUACAUGGAGAUGGUACUGAAGGAAACGAUGCGCCUUUUCCCCGUUGGACCAAUGAUUGGCCGUCAGUGUACGGAAGAUACGCAGAUUUCACGCACCGUCAUUCCCAAGGGUGUUACCGUGGUGCUCGGUAUCUUCAACAUUCAACGAAAUCCGGAACACUGGGGACCGAGGGCGGACCAGUUUGAUCCGGAAAAUUUCAGCCCCGAGAGGAUGGCCGAUCGGCACCCGUACUGCUUUCUCCCGUUCAGUGCCGGUCCGCGGAAUUGCAUCGGCUAUCGGUACGGUUUGAUGUCGAUGAAGGUGAUGCUGUGCCAGAUGCUGCGUGCUUACAGGUUUUCCACCGAUCUGACGAUGGAUCAGCUAACGCUAAAGCUAAGCAUCACGCUCAAGAUUACCAACAAACACAUGGUUCGCAUAGUGCGAAGGCAAAACACCAAGAAUGUAAAUACAAAUGACCUUCCAUAGUGGUAGUUAAUAAUUACGAUUGAUACAAAAGUUCUCCAAAGUACUCUAUCUGAUUUGUUUUGCUCAUUAAUAUUGGAA